AUGGACUCGAAGACGCCCGGUAUCACGACGCUCGUCCGCGGCGUACUUCACCUCCCGAAGUCUUCAACUUCGGCAAAGCCUCAGCACCAUCUCCGACACCAGCGCCGAACGUCCGAUACCGAAACGCAAACCUCGCGGCUCGAUCGAAAGGAUCUGAUACGUGCGGCUUCUGGUCUUCAUGGGGAGCAAGUGAGCACCUGGGAUCCGCUGAUAUGCCGGUGGACAGGAGAAACGUGCUCGACGGUGGGCACCGCCUUCGGCUGUCGAAGUCAGCCAUAUACCACGUGCAUCGACACAGGAAGUGCCACGAGCCUGGUAUCUAUGUGUAGGGAUAACUUGCAAGGCGAUAGAGAACUUUGCUGUGUCGAGUCUGACGCGAUUUAUGGACCGAAAUGUUUCGUCUUUGUUCAAAAAGAUGGCGAAUACGCGACGGUCACGAACCACAGAUGCUGGCAAACCGACUUCAGUCAAUGGAACGGCAUGUAUCUCGACACGACCACAGGGAAACCUGGAGAGUCGGCCACAUCGGUUGGGCUGACAUCCAUUUCCCCCGUCUCCUCACUUCAUGUUUUCACGCCAGUGAGGUCUUCCACAGCAGCUACUUCAACGGCAUCAUCGGCAAAAGCAACACAGUCCUCGGGCUCGCCAGUGGGUGCCAUCGUAGGCGGUGCCGUUGGGGGCUUCGCUGUUCUGGCUACGGCGGUCUGUGUCAUCGUUUGGCUCGUGAUCAGAGGAAGGCGACAACAGAAAGUUGAAGAUACAACCCCCGAAAGCCCAGGUGCAGAUCAGUACUUGGUCCAGCCGAGCAUGACAUCGCCAACCACCCCGCGCUAUCUCAGUGGUUAUUACCAGCCGGAAAAGUAUCAGCCUGUAUCCAUGGCCGAUCCGAGUCCGUCGUACGAUAUUCAGAGCCCACCGCCGACGGUCACACAGAGCAGCAAGGCUGGCGACCCAGCGGAGUUGGCUUGA